AUGGGUUCAGGCCAAGGACAUGUAUCUUUGCAAGUCAAGGGUGCACGUCUCACAGCCGUAUGGCUGUCUGCGCCCUUCAACUCGAUCCAUGGAGGCAACUACGAUGGGAUCCAUGAUAUGUCCAGCCCUGCAACCGGAGAUCGCUAUCCUCAAUGGAAUCAUGGAAGACAAAACUGGGAAAUGAACUAUCAGGAGGCGGCGAUCUACUUACAGGAAGGAGAGAACAACGAUAAAUUCGUCACCCAUCCCAAGGAUGCCAAAGCUCUCGUGUCCUACCUCUUUGUCCACAACCAUCUCUUCUAUCUAAUGGAACUCACCACGGCGUUAUUGCUCUUACUGCUGUCUCUCUGCGAAGCCCCCGCGGUUGCCAUAUUUCGCCUUGGCAUUUACGUUCAUGCCACCCUGGAGCUGUUUGCCUUGGCCGUUGUGGUGUUUGAGCUCUCCAUGAAAUUAAGAUGGCUGGGUUGCCAUACCUACAUCCGGCACAAGAGGACCAUGGUCAAGACCUGUGUCCUGUUCCUGCAAUUUAUAGAAGCGGUCGUGGUGUUGGUGCGCCAGACAUCCCACCUUCGGAUUACGCGAGCCUUGCGAUGCAUCUUCCUGGUGGACUGUCGUUACUGUGGAGCUGUGCGAAGAAACUUGCGCCAGAUUUUCCAGUCUCUGCCUCCAUUCAUUGAUAUUCUCCUCCUUUUACUUUUCUUCAUGGUCAUCUUUGCUAUCCUGGGAUUUUAUUUGUUCUCUCCAAACAAAUCUGACCCUUAUUUCAACACUUUAGAGAACAGCCUGGUGAAUCUUUUUGUUCUCCUGACUACUGCCAAGUAAGACUUGGGUCCUUGAGGAGUGGUGGUGGUGGUGAUGGGAGGGUAGAAGAAAGGCAUCAACAUGACCUUUCCAGCAGUCCACGUUAAGUAUCUUUCUUUGAAAGAGGGUGAAUGGAGCUAUUUCUCCUGUGUGCAUUGAAUCAUCAGAGACAGAGGAGUGAGAAAACCCAACGCUAGUGUGUUUU